AUGGUCUCUCGCUCGGCUAUCCUCACUGGCGCUCUCGCGCUACUUUUACCCCUCACGGCCCACGGCUUUGUUCUCCCACUUGAAGACAAUCUCCAGGCUUUCCUUGAACAACCAAACAGUUUGAACGCGGCCCCAAACUCCGAUAAUUUUGAAGAUAAAAGUGCCUUAAACCGCCCGUCAUGGUUCACCUCGACUUUGAUGGCCCGCCGUCUGCUUGCUUUGUCACCCUCCGGCGUCAUCUCCACCAAUUUCCCAGAGUCCCUCCCACCCUCCGCACACGCCCCCUCAGAUGUUGCCGGUCUCUCUAUCGGACUCCGCGAGUACAUCGCCGAUUGCGAUGGAUCACUGCCAUCGGAUCUCUCUCACGAUGAUAACGGCGAUCCAACAAUUCUUGGCCUUCGCAUUGGAACUACUUUCAAGAACAUCGCAGCGGGAUCUAAUCUCAGUCUCCAGUUAGACUGGUGGGAUCAUCUCAACGAGGCCGGUCCAGUAUACCCUGGUCUGCCUCUCAGCCCCGCUGCUCUACCUCGCGUCACUCUCUUUGGAUACUUGGAGAAUCUCCCGUCCCCGCUUCCCGCGGACGCAGCUGCAGUGCUCGAGAAGUGUUUCCUCGAGCCACAUCCCGAUGCCAAGGUAUGGAUACCAGGUUCCGCUUACUCGCCUCAUGCAAGUUUCUGGGCCCGGUUGGUGGUUACACAUGCUUACUGGAUUGGCGGGUUUGGGGACGUGCAGCAGAUUGGGUGGAUCAAUCUUACGGAGUGGCAAGGGAUCAGGCCACACGGCAGUGUGAAGGGUGUUGGUGAUGGAAGAGGGUGGCAGGAUGUCCGUUUGCCCGGGGAGAAGCAGUAA